AAGUAUAUUAACAGAAAUAGACAGCUAAAUGCGUAUAGACAGUAAUCAAAAUAAACAUCUUCGAAAUGUGAUUUUUGUAUUUAAAUAAUUAUAAAUUUAUCCGUUAAUAAUCGACGAAAAUCUCUCAUAAUGUCUAAAGUACUUUUGUCAAAGCAUAAAAGAGCUAAGCAGUGGGCUGUUUUUUGCCGUUUGUGGCAUGUAUACGAUGCAAAGUGGCAAAAUCCAUUUGACUCAGCUGAUUUAAUCGCUAAGUAUCUCUCUGGAAAGCACAAGCCUAUAUUUCACACUCUCAGUGAUUGUGGAGAUCAUGUUGUUGUGAUCAAUACAUCUGAAAUUGCUAUGCCUGAUACUGAAUGGAGGUACCGGAUGUAUCAGCAUCACACAAUGCGUGGCGGCGGAGAAACUUUUACACCUGCAUGGGAGUUACAGAAUAAAGAUCCAACUAAAGUAAUGUGGAAAGCCUGUUAUAAAGCUUGUGGUCCUACUUUAUUGAGGGGUACAAGAAUGCAGCGCUUGCAUCUUUUUCCAGAUGAUGUUAUCCCUGAAGAAAUUAAAGUGAAUAUUUGUUCUCAAAUAAGGCAGCUUAGACCUGUGCCUAAGAAAUUAAGUCAAUAUACUCAGGAAGAAUUGAACGCAUUUCCUAAAUUAUUUGAGUGGCCUGAAGAUUACUGUAAACAAUAACCAAAUUAAUUUGUUAAAUCAUUUAAUGUUUAUUCUUUUUAAAAUGUACUAGUUAUGUGUUUGUAGAAAUAACGAGUAAUUAUUGAAAAUAAAUCUUCCUUAAUACAAA